AUGGAGGAGAAUCAUGCAAAUGACAACAAUAAUAACAACGGCGAGACCGGGGAGAAGCCAGCGGUAAAGUCGGAAACCCCGCUGGUCUCCAUUAAGGUUGUGAAUGCCGAUGGCGCCGAGAUGUUCUUCAAGAUCAAGUGCGGGACGCAGUUGAAGAAAUUAUUUGAUGCAUAUUGCAAGAAGCAGGGUAUCUCUCGCAGCAGCGUCCGCUUCUUGUUUGAUGGCUCACCGAUCGAUGAGUCCAAGACGCCGCAAGACUUGGGCAUGGAGGAUGACGACGUGAUUGACGCCAUGGUUGAGCAGACAGGCGGGAACACGUUUUGA